GCCCCACCUCAGAUCACCAUCCCACCCUUUGACUCAAAAAAGGUCCAUCCGCUUACCACGCGUUUCUCUUAGCGUACCCGUCUUUCCACACCUUCCCUUUCUUAUCUGUUCACUCGGUCUUGUUCAAGUGAUAUCGUACGUCCCGGAAAUACUUGCGAAGAGCCAUGGGAGGCAAGAAGAGCGGGGGCGAGAAUAGCAAGAAGGCUGCCGGCCAGGCACGAAAAGCCGAGGCGGCGGCAGCUAAACAGGCAGCAAAGGAUCGCGAGAUCGCGGCCAGAGAGGACGCGGAGUGGGCAAAGGGUGCCAAGGAUAACAGCAAGAAAGAAGCAGCAGCCGCGAAGGCGGCUGAAGCAGCGCGCAAGAAGGCGGAGAAAGAAGCGUUGUUGAGGGAAGAGGAGGCGUCGCUACCGACCAAGGCCAAGUCCGGCAACGCGAGAAAGGCCGAGAAGAAGACGCGCGGCACGCUUGACCUCGGACAGCUGGACGACGCACCGACGGGCAAGGCGAAGACGAUCAACGCGUCCGGCAUCGACAACGCGCUCGACGCCCUCUCUCUCACGGGCAACCCCAACAACGACGUCGCGAACAUAGACCGGCAUCCGGAAAGGCGCUUCAAGGCCGCAUACACGGCGUACGAGACGCGCAGGCUGGAGGAGAUGAAGGAUGAGAAGGGCUUGCGGCGCCAGCAGAAGAUCGAGCAGAUACGCAAGGAGUUUGACAAGCACCCGGACAACCCGUUCAAUCAAGUCAGCGCGCGGUACGACAGCACGAAAGAGGAGCUGAGGGAGAUCGCAGCCAACGAGAGGAGGAAGGUGGAGGAAAGACUGGCGAGUGCACCUUGAACAAACCGGGAGAGGGGGGGGGGGAACAAAUCGCACGGAAAUUUGUCUAGUGGCUUCUUCCUCUUCUUUCUCUAGAAGGCAUGACACACUACCGCAUGAACGAAAAUGAAACGAUGCAUGAAGAUUGCUUAGAAUAACGGCCAUGGCAGAUUUGAAUGCUCAAAGUCUGGGAGCGGCUUUUUGGCCGAUCGUAGGUGAAAGCUUUAUACCAUGAAUAGACCAUUGACAUUAUAG